AUGGUGACGAACAAGGGGAAGAAGGCCAAGGUGGCGGAGAGGACGCGGGAGGAGAACGACCAUUUGGACGGGGAUCUCGUGCUCUCCAUCGAGAAGCUUCAGGAGAUUCAGGAUGAACUCGAGAAGGUGAGGGACUCCGCCGCCCUCUCUACCUAUCCCUUCAUCUUGCACGUCCCCUUUCCCCAUUCUUCUUCUUCCCGGGAGUUCUGGCUGAAAUGCUCUCAAUGUUCGUCUAGGAGAUCUUCGUUCCUUGUCAUUCCAAUAAAAGGGAUCCAAUUAUCCCCAUUCAAGAGGGUCCAGGCCCUCCCCAUGGAUCAAUGCGUUCUUCAGAUCCUCGUUCCUUUCGAUUUUGUGUCUUCUAAUGGGAUUUUAGCUUCUGGGAGUCUUUCAUCUCCCCUGAUAUACGCUGCUGCCGAAGGAAGGCUUCAUUAACCCUAUUUGUUAUCCCAGCUUUGUUUCAGACGCUCGCAGAUUUUCUUUUCUCUGUCGAGGCCUACACCCUCUGAAAGGUUGUCUGCUUAAUCUGUGGCGCUGGAUGAUCCUACAUUCCCUUUCUCCGACUAGGAUGAUGAUUUCAAGUCAUUACAUAUAGUCAUGCCUCUAUCUAUAUAGAAAAACUGGUAGUUCCUGGUGGACGGUCAAUUCUAGUCCUUUAAGAUCUCUGGAAACUUAUAUGGGUCAUUCUUCUUCCUUUUUUACGUUGUUAAUUUUUAACCUGAGGGGCUGUGAGGUGCUCCACUUGUGGAGGGAUGGUAAUCGUGGUUGGUUCAAUUUUCAUUUAUCAACUGAAGAAGAGAUAUGAUCCAAUGAAUUUUCCGAUGUUUAGUUUCCCGGGCGGACUGUUCUUAUCAUGAUCUACUUGGGUUUUAAUAGUUGCAACGAUUAAAUCUGCGCAGAUCAACGAGGAAGCAAGUGAUAAGGUUUUAGAGGUUGAGCAGAAGUACAAUGAGAUUCGGAGGCCCAUAUAUAGCAAGAGGAACGAGAUCGUCCAAGCAAUCCCAGACUUUUGGUUGACCGCGGUCAGUAUUCAUUGAUGUCACACACUUGAAUGCCCUCUGGCGUCAUGUUAUUUCUCUAAUUGAUCAUCAUAGUUGACUCCUGCAGUUCUUAAGCCAUCCUGCUCUUGGUGAUCUUCUCAGCGAUGACGACCAAAAGGUUGCUGGGUGUGAAGAGACACAAUCAGGGCACCAGUUUCUGAUUAUCUUCUUGUUUUCUGGAUCCUCACGUGCUCCACCUCAAAUUUUCUCUAGAUUUUCAAGCACCUUACUUCCCUGGAUGUCGAGGACUUCAAAGAUGUGAAGUCAGGAUAUUCCAUCACCUUUGUAUGUUGGCUCUCGUGGGCUAUUCCCAUGAUCAUGGGGCGCAUAUCUAUUUAUUUUCAAUGAUAACGAGCCUAUACUUAUUCUUUUUGCCUCAGACGUUUUCACCGAAUCUGUACUUUGAGGACACGAAGCUUGUGAAGACGUUCAACUUCUUUGAUGAAGGAACAACCAAUAUAACCGGCACGAGAAUAAGAUGGAAGGAGGGCAUGGUAAGUGUUCCUCUUUGUUGUAUGUGCCAUGUCGUUGUGAUUUUGCCUUCUCUUGGUUACGUUGGAGACUCACACUCAAGUUCUUCUAGGAUAUUGCGAAUGGAACUGCUCCGGCAGCCAAAGAUGGAAAGCGGAAUUUCCAUGAAGAAAGGUGGAAUAUGCGUAUAUGCAUUUAUUCCUUUUUAAUUGCAGCAAUGCCCUCGGUUAUUGCCCUCUAAUGUUGAGAACCGGGAGUCUUGUGGGCUGUUCUCUUCUGUUUUUUCUACAAUAAUUGCAUUGUGUUCUUCUGUUUGGCUGUUCCUUGUGCCCAUCUGAUGUUGAUCAUUGUACUAUAUAAAAUCCAGUUUCUUUUCCUGGUUCGGGGAAACUCAGCAGAAAAGCUUGUCGGAUGGGUUCCAGGAUGAGGUAAGUUUCCUUCAUUUUAUUCCUACGUUCAAUCAUAAAGGUACCCUCGCUUUUAAAGCUUUUUAUUCUCAGUAAAUGUUUUAUGCGGAGAAAGCUUGUAUAUUUCUGGAUUAACAUCAUCUAAUGCAUGGAGUAACUUUUAUGACUGAUACAUUGGUACUUAAAGCAUGAGUGAUUAAUUUUGCUUCCUCAUUUAAUGAAUUUGGUGCUCUCUGUAGGUUAACUCCGCAUUAGUGUUCAAUCAUUGUUGAUGUUGCACUUGUUAACCCCGCCCCUCACUCCUGCUAUUAUACCCUUCUGUAGGUGGCAGAGAUAAUCAAGGAAGAUCUAUGGCCCAAUCCUUUGAAAUAUUUCAAUAAUGUGAGCCAUUUGUUGUUGUGUUUGUGGAUUGUCCGCAUAGCUCAUUUAAUGAACUUCACACAAAGUUAUUGAUUGGUUUCUUAUACAGGAAGGCGAUGAGGAGGAUUUUGAUGGGGAUGAAGAUGAUGAAGAGGUCCUCUCUCUCUCUCUCUCUCUCACUCUCACUCUCACUCAAUAUUUUUCUGUUCAUAACGAAUUUCCAUGCAUUUAAAUAUUAACAACAAAUGCUAGCCAUUGAUAUCUGAAACUCUCUGAAAUCGUCUCAGUUGGAGUGCUCGAUUCACUCUGAAAUGGUAUAUUUAGAAUCUGCUGGUAGCCAUUCAACACAUGGCAUACAUCUCCGGUUUCAAAGGCUAGCUUUCUUCUUUUAGCAUACUCAUAUUUACUUAAUAUCUGACAUACAGCACGCUAGUAAAACUUUCUGAAAGUUUGGGUCUUUUUUUUUUCUUAAGAAGCGUGAGUGAUCUCACUUUAGAAGGUAAAUUGUCACCUCAACGCAGCAUUUUAGAAGGUUGAUCUUGUCGGCAGUCCACCCAAGGUUCUUCCGCCUUAAGAUCACCUACAUUUUUUUGAAUCAAACUUACCGCUUCAAGCAAUGCAAUCUAGCCUGACCUGGGCCCGUGUUCGUGCUGUUAAAUUUGGGGUCAGCAAGCAAGGGGAGCACCCGCGUUCUACUCUCAUAUAGAAGUCGAUCAGACAUUCAUCUCACUGAUCUUUGAUUUACAUGGUCAGGGAAAGGGCACGGAUGAGGAAGGAGACGAGCAGGAGGAAGAGGAUGAUGAGGAAGAAGACGGCUGA